AUGGAAUACACCCAUACUCGCCGGCGCCUCUCCACCACAUUGCCACCAUCGACUCCCCUUCUACGAAGCCGAAGCACAACCCCAGCCACCGCCACACUUCCCGUCAACAACAACAACUACAACCAUUUUUGCUCGCCAAAUUCCUGCCACAGAUUCACGUGCUACUGGCGCAGCAAAGGGGGCAAAAUCAGUGACGAAUUCUCCGUCUGCGUGGGCUUUGUCGCCGGGGAGGUCUCUGGGGUGUCGGGUGGGCCGGAGUCGCCCGGGCAGAAUUUAGGUUGUCCAGCAAGGCCGGAGUCGCCAGGGUUUGGUGGAAAGAUCAGGGUUAAAGGUGGCGGUGUUGGUGGGGUUUUGAAGUACUUCAAGCAGAGGAAAGUGUCACCACCACUGGAGGAAGAGUUUCAUCGGUUUCGGGUUCUGCAUAAUAGAUUGCUGCAGUGGAGGUUUGUGAAUGCUAGAGGGGAGGCUGCCAUGGCUGGUGUAAAGAGAAUUGCAGAGGCUAAACUAUUUUCUAUAUGGGUUAGAAUCUUCAAAAUGAGAAAAACCAUAGUAGAAAAGAAAAUUCAAAUGCAAAGGCUCAAACUUGAGAUCAAAUCAUAUCAAAUCAUCAGCCCACAGAUGUUCCUUCUAAAUGAAUGGUCAAGGUUGGAGAGAAGGAAUCAAGAAUCAGUCAGCAGAUUGGCAAGAAAGUUAUUGGGACUAUCGGUCAGGCUUCCUUUAGUCCAAGGUGCUAAGAUUGAGACAACACUUUAUCUCCUUACAGAGCUCAGAAGCAUGUUAGAACAAGAAGAUGAGUAUUUGGAGGAACUGGAGAUUGCUGUUCCCUUGCUCCGUGCAUUAUUGGCAAAGGAGGAAAGUAUACAGAUACAUCUAAUCCAAGCUGCUUAA